AUUUGCACGCAACUCGCAAGGUGGUUGCGAUCAGCUAGGCAGUUGUGACAGUUUCUGUGGCUAGUGGUGGUAGUGUUAUUAUGAGUGUUUUUUUUUCGUGAAAGAUAGGACAAAAUAGAACCCUGUACCUGACGCAAUAAUUGACUACUCUUACAGAACGAACUGUUGUUACGGAUCCGACUUUGUGAUAAGCCCUACUUGAAUCACAUGCCUGCCAUUGUUCUUUGUUGUCAAUAGGAUAUUCAGUUCACGAUGCCCGUGAAGGCUUCCGUAGAAGUUGAAAGUGUGCAUUCAGAAGAUUGGAGAGGGGAAGAACUUUCUGAAUGUUCAGGUACUUUGUCAGAGGUUGACUCAGAGCAGGCAACCACAAGCUCUGGAUUUUCAGAAGAUGGAUCAGCAAUCAUGGCCCCAAGGCAGAAUAGUGUAGCUGAAAGACUGAAGGAGCAAGUAGCUAAACUGGAUGAGCUUCUUGUUAUUGUUGAGAAAGUAUCUGCUGUUGUAAAAGCAAUAUUUGAAGCAAAUGAGAAACAGAAAAAAGAGGGUGCCUUCCAUGGUGUGGAUGCUGUCUUACAGAGGCAGAAUUCUGAGGCCUUAAAAAAUGAGACACUGUUUAUUGGAACAUUAAGUCCCCAUCAAAUAGAUGGUGUAAAAUGGAUGAAGGUGCUGGACGAUCAUGAGCUGAGUGGGAUCUUGGCAGAUGAGAUGGGUAUGGGUAAGACAGUGCAAGUGAUUGCGUUUAUCUGUCUUCUUUUAGAGCAGAAUAUCUCUGGACCAUUUCUAAUUGUGACACCACUCAGUGUUCUAAAUAAUUGGGAAUCUGAAUUCCAGAGGUUUGCUCCCAAGAUACCUGUUGUGAAAUUCGCUGGUUCUAAAGAUCAGCGCAUGUCAUUGUACCCCAAACUGAGACGGAAGACGACAGUUCUGACUACUGAUAUGACUCCAGUAGUUCUGACAAGUUACGAUAUAGCUUUGAGAGAGCAAAUACUUGCAAAGUUCGACUGGAGGUUCAUUAUUGUUGAUGAAGGUCAUAGGUUGAAGAAUGCGAAGUCCAAGCUUUACAACACCCUAAAAUUCCACAGAAGCCGCAGUAGACUUUUAUUGACUGGAACUCCUUUACAGAAUGAUAUUAAUGAAUUGUGGGCAUUGCUAAGGUUUGUGUUGCCCAAAAUAUUUCCUGAAGAAAAUCUACUUGAGGAUUACCUCAAGGUUUCUGACUUUCAAGGAAAUGCUGAGAUGGAGGAGGAUAAAAGAUCUAUUAUCAAUAAAGUGCACCAGUUACUGCUACCGUUUAUAUUACGAAGGGUCAAAUCUGGAAACAUGCUUGGUCUGCCACCAAAGAAGGAAAUGGUGAUAUAUGUGCCACUUACAAGAACCCAGUUAGACUUGUACCAGUCUACGUUAGAUGGUUCCAUCAUCAAGAAAUUUAAUAAGAAAGAAGAGGAGGAGGAAGAAGAAGAUUUGUAUGGCCCACGAAAGAAGCGGAGGUGCACAUUGAACAAGCAUCCAUUUUAUGACUCGGAUACUAGUAAUUCAGAUGAUGAUUCUGAUCCAGGCAUAUCAGAGAAACCAAGAGUGCUUUCAAAAACUAUGGAGGAUAAGUUGAUUAAUGAGUGCCGUAAUUCAACGUGUGAAGUGCUGCUGCAUCGUGAGCUCCUCCGAUAUUCGGCAUUAACAGAGGCCCAAAGCAAGAAACAUAAAGAAGACUAUGAGAAGAACCCAUAUAAAGGCUAUCCAGAACUGUGGUAUGUCGACAUAAUCAGGAGGAUGUCAGCCAUCCCUCUUCCUGCUGAUCAGUCCUUUGAAGACUUGCCUUUGGAGAAUAUAUUUAUGCGCGAACUCUUGUUUUACCGUUCUAUUUUAGAAUCCACAGACACACAUGAUAAUCAAGCUGAUGAUAAAUUCAGAGGUUAUCCAGACAAUGUUGUAAAUAGUAUAUUAUCACAAAUGUCCCAGCACCCUGUUCCUGAAGAUCUCGUAGAGGAAGGUCUGACUGCAUGUAGUGACAGCUGUGAUGGAUACGUAGUUUCAGUGAAACAGCCUCUGAAUUCUGUUGCUGCUCCAUUAUGUAAUGUUCCUACUAAUGUAACUAAAAUCAGUUCAGAUAGUGAGGGCAGUUCCCGAACUUUGGCCGAAAGCUAUGGGUACACAGUAGAACUGACACCUCUCAACAUGGGGAUGCAAUUACGCAAGAUAUCCAAUCAUCCCUACCUUGUUAGGAUGCCAGUUUCCAAUGGCUGCAUGGUUGUCACUGAUGAUUUGGUAACCAGCUCUGGAAAAUUUAUGGUGCUAAAGGCAUUACUCCCUCGCUUCAAGCAAGGAGGACACAAGGUUCUGAUAUUUUCAACUUUCAAAAAAGUAUUGGAUCUUCUGGAAGUACUACUAGAAUCCCUGGGCUACAGCUACUGUCGCCUCGAUGGAGCGUCUAGUCUUGAUGAACGAACUGAAAAUGUUAAUGAGUUUUGCAACCAGGAAAAUAUAUUUGCAUUUUUGAUCUCGACAAGAGCAGGAGGAUUGGGAUUAAAUCUUGUUGCUGCAGAUACAGUCAUCAUCUUCGACAGUGACUGGAAUCCACAGGCAGACCUUCAGGCCCAGGAUAGGUGCCACAGGAUUGGGCAGAAAAAACCAGUUAAUGUUUACCGUCUUGUAACCAAAGGUACUAUAGAUGAAGUAAUAAUGAAGACAGCUGUGGCCAAGAGAAAACUUGAGAAAGUAGUUAUCCUGGAAGGCAAAUUCAACUUAACUGCAGAUGGCGCAAAUACAGAGCUCGAUAGAGAUAAAUUGCGACAUCUCCUGCAAGAGUCAUUGGCGCAUUGCGUAAUAGAUUCAGGAGACAGUGUAUUAAAACCACAUCAAAUUGAAAGACUUCUGAAGAGGAGAAAAUUUCCUGCGGAUGAUGAUGAAGACAGUUCUUCAUCUGAGGUUGAAGAUCUGACAGAACUUGCAUGAACUAUAUGUGACCGAUCACCUGGUGUGGUGAUCAGUGGCUGACAUCAUGAUGUUCCUUAGACUUUCAAACGGAGUGAUGUUAAAGGAUGUGUGCACAUUUCAAUGUGUGACAGUUUACUAUAGCCUUAGUGAGAAGUGAGAUAUUUUUAAUAGAAUAUCGCUAUUUUUUACAAAAAGAUUUAGGUAUCGUGAAUUGGAAUUCUUGCCAUUGGCUGGUGAAACUUUUAUCGCAGAGUGAAUUCGAUAAUACUAUGAAAACCUGAGAUUGGCACACAUCACAUAUCACACCUAGUCUCAAAGAUUGCUCAAGUUGUGAUUUACCAUUUGUAAAAAUUAUAUGUAAUAUAUUUUAAAAAGAAUCUCAUGUUCCACAGUAUUUUAUAAUAAAAAGAAUAAAUAUA